AUGCCUCGCCAACAAACGCAGUUGCGGGCUCCAAAAGAUCGCACCGCCCAGAAACCGGCGCCGAAGCGCAAGAAGGGCGGUCGCGGCCUUGAUGCUCUCGCAAGAGCCGAGGAACAGAUUCCGACCAGGCUAGGAGUGCGCCGCAAUCGCCUAGGUGACUACGAUGACGGAGAAGACCGCAAGAGGCAUCCCGCAGGCGACGAGGAUGACGACGAUGAAGGCCCGACCCACAAACGCCGCAGAACGAACGGAUCGGAGGAUGGUGGCAGCGAUAGUGAGGGUCAUGAGUGGAAGCUUGGACAAGUGGACAGCGACGACGACGAGUCGCUCGACAGUGAUGAAGCCCUUGGAUCUAGCGACGAAGAGCGGUUUGAAGGGUUCACAUUCCGCGGAAGCUCCUCGAACAAGAACAAACCUCCACCGAAGAAAAUCAAAUCCAAGAAGGUGAAAGAGAUCAGCCUGGAUGAAGAUGAAGAAGCCUCUGAGGAAGAGGAGGAAGAAGAGGACGAGGACGAUCUCGGUGAAGACGCCGUGGAUCUUCUCACUGCCUGGGAUAUGAACACCACGGCUGAAGAAGAGGAGGCUAAAGAGGCUGCUGCAAAGGCCAAGAAAGCUGCUGCUGGAUACGACAGUGACCAGGAUACGGGCUCUGACGGCGACAGCGAGGAUGCCCCUAGCGACAAUGAAUCCGAGCUAUCCCUCUCAGACGACGAUGCCGAUGUUCAGACAGACGGUCUGUCCAAGUUACAAGAUUUCGUCAAUUCCAUGGAAACAGGUGGAAAGAAGAAGUCCAAGCAAAAGGCACAAGAACAAGGUGUUCCUACGGAAUACGGAUUGACCUCUUCUCGCAAACUGACAGUCGCCGAUCUACUACCUUCAAUUACCGACUCUCGUCUGAAGAGCUCGCUUAAACACAUCGAUGCCACUCCGAAAGAAUCAAAAACCGGUAUCUCCGGCAAGCUCGAUGCUCCUUUGGCAAAGCGCCAGCAGGAUAAGAUCGAUCGGGCGGCUGCCUAUGAGAAGAGCAAGGAAACACUCGACCGAUGGCUCCAGACGGUUAAGGCGAAUCGCGAAGCGGAACAUCUCACCUUCCCCCUUCCAAACCCCGAUGAGCAGCAGUUUCAUCGAAUGGAUGUGGCCAAACCAACCACAGAUUUGGAGAACACCAUUCAGAACAUUCUGGUGGAGAGUGGUCUCGCCGAGGCUGAUGGAAAGUCUGCUGAGGAGCAGUUUCAGGAUCUUGAAGAACUCCAGGCCCGGACCUUGCCUAUUGAGGAAAUCCAGGCUCGGCGUGCUGAGCUGAGGAAGCGGCGCGAUUUGCUCUUCCGAGAGGAGGUUAGGGCCAAGCGAAUCAAGAAGAUUAAGAGCAAGUCCUACCGCCGCGUUCACCGGAAAGAACGGGAGAGACUUGAGCAACAAGAGCGCCAGGCACUUCUGGAAGCUGGCGUGGAUUUGGACGAGAUGGAGCGAGAAACGAAUGAGCGAAAGAGAGCGGAAGCUCGCAUGAGUUCCAAGCAUCGCGACAGCAAAUGGGCCAAGAGUAUGAAGCAGACCGGUCGCACUGCCUGGGAUGAAGAGGCACGCAAUGGUGCUGCCGAUCUUGCUCUGCGAGAGGAGGAGCUGCGGAAACGCAUCGAAGGAAAGAGUGUGUCCAGGGGAGAUGAGGACUACUUGGGUUCUUCAAGCUCGGAGUCAGAUGACGACGAUCCGUGGGCCUCAGAUGCUUCUGAAAAGGAGAAGGCCAAAAUGCGCAAGAAACUUGGUGCUUUGGAGGGUGAUGCUUCUGACGAGGAAAUCAAGGGCCCUCACUCGAAGCUGUUUGCCAUGAAAUUCAUGAAGAACGCUGAGGCCACUCGUAAAGAGCAGAAUGAUGCCGAGCUCCGUCGUCUCAACCGUGAAAUCCAUGGCGAAGAGUCGCAAUCCGAGGCCGAGUCCGAGGCUGGGCGACGGAAGUUUGGACAAUCCGAAAAGACCAAGGCCGAUCCAAAGGCUCGGUCCAACCUCCUGCCGAAGAACCAAUUUGAAGAAGCGCCCGACUCGGACGACGAGGAGCUUCGACAGGCCGCUUCCGACCAAGAUGUCGAUAUUGUGGUUAACCGCCCUGUCAAACCAAAGUCUGGCCCGUCUGGCUCUAAGACUUCCACUCAAUCUUCGAAGAAGGCAGCGCAUCCGAUAGAGGAAGAACCUGCAGCGGAAGAGAACCCAUGGCUAGUCCAAACUGAUCGCAACAAUCGUCGACGUACAGGCGCAGAUGUCCAAGAGACGGUGGACAUCUCACUCGAGGAAGGCCAAUUUCAAGUCCGUCAAACCAAGACCUCGGCAAAGAAGGCCAAGGUCGCCAAGGCAGCGCUCUCUCAGCAGCAUAGCCAGGACAUAGAUGACAGUGAUGAUGAGGCCAAUGUGCCUGUCCUACUGAAGAACCAUGACCUUGUCAAGCGAGCUUUUGCUGGUGAUGAAGUUGUGCGAGACUUCGAACAAGAGAAAAUGGAGACGAUCGAGGAUGAGGGUGACAAGAUCGUGGACAACACUCUUGCCGGCUGGGGCAGUUGGACUGGUGACGGAGUCAGCAAGAAGCAGCAAAAACGGCAGAAGCGAUUCCUCACUACAGUAGAAGGCGUGAAGCCCGAACAGCGCAAGGACGCCAAGCUUGCUCGAGUCAUUAUCAAUGAGAAGCGAGUCAAGAAGAACGUCAAGUACAUGGCCACCCAACUCCCUCGCGAGUUCGAGACCAAGACGCAGUACGAGCGCUCGUUGCGUAUGCCCAUCGGGCCUGAAUGGUCCACUAAGGAGACCUUCCAAGCCAGUAGCAAGCCGCGUGUCAUGGUUAAACAGGGCAUCAUCAAGCCCAUGGAGAAGCCCAUGCAUUGA